AUGGAGCGCCCCCAGAGCCAUGGAGCGCCCCCAGAGCCAUGGAGGUCCCUCAGAGCCAUGGAGGUCCCUCAGAGCCAUGAAGGUCCCUCAGAGCCAUGGAGGUCCCUCAGAGCCAUGGAGAUCUCCCAGAGCCAUGGAGAUCCCCCAGAGCCAUGGAGGUCCCUCAGAGCCAUGGAGGUCCCUCAGAGCCAUGGAGGUCCCUCAGAGCCAUGGAGGUCCCUCAGAGCCAUGGAGGUCCCUCAGAGCCAUGGAGGUCCCUCAGAGCCAUGGAGGUCCCUCAGAGCUAUGGAGGUCCCCCAGAGCCAUGGAGAUCUCCCAGAGCCAUGGAGAUCCCCCAGAGCCAUGGAGGUCCCUCAGAGCCAUGGAGGUCCCUCAGAGCCAUGGAGGUCCCUCAGAGCCAUGGAGGUCCCUCAGAGCCAUGGAGGUCCCUCAAAGCCAUGGAGGUCCCCCAGAGCCAUGAAGGUCCCUCAGAGCCAUGGAGGUCCCCCAGAGCCAUGGAGGUCCCUCAGAGCCAUGAAGGUCCCUCAGAGCCAUGGAGGUCCCCCAGAGACAUGGAGGUCCCCCAGAGCCAUGGAGCGCCCCCAGAGCCAUGGAGGUCCCUCAGAGCCAUGGAGGUCCCUCAGAGCCAUGAAGGUCCCUCAGAGCCAUGGAGGUCCCUCAGAGCCAUGGAGGUCCCCCAGAGCCAUGGAGAUCCCCCAGAGCCAUGGAGGUCCCUCAGAGCCAUGGAGGUCCCUCAGAGCCAUGGAGGUCCCUGAGAGCCAUGGAGGUCCCUCAGAGCCAUGGAGGUCCCUCAGAGCCAUGGAGGUUCCUCAGAGCCAUGGAGGUCCCUCAGAGCCAUGGAGGUUCCUCAGAGCCAUGGAGGUCCCUCAGAGCCAUGGAGGUCCCUCAGAGCCAUGGAGGUCCCUCAGAGCCAUGGAGGUCCCUCAGAGCCAUGGAGGUCCCUCAGAGCCAUGGAGGUUCCUCAGAGCCAUGGAGGUCCCUCAGAGCCAUGGAGGUUCCUCAGAGCCAUGGAGGUCCCUCAGAGCCAUGGAGGUCCCUCAGAGCCAUGGAGGUCCCUCAGAGCUAUGGAGGUCCCCCAGAGCCAUGGAGAUCUCCCAGAGCCAUGGAGAUCCCCCAGAGCCAUGGAGGUCCCUCAGAGCCAUGGAGGUCCCUCAGAGCCAUGGAGGUCCCUCAGAGCCAUGGAGGUCCCUCAGAGCCAUGGAGGUCCCUCAGAGCCAUGGAGGUCCCUCAGAGCCAUGGAGGUCCCCCAGAGCCAUGGAGAUCCCUCAGAGCCAUGGAGGUCCCUCAGAGCCAUGA